GGCAGCAGCAGCAGCGUGGGAAGGGCUUCCCGGGGGAUGCGGAGCCAUGCAGGGAUUCGUCAGGUUACCGGGCAUGUAGCGCUGCUGCUCCUCCUGUGAGCCGCCACUGGGGAAAGUUCAUGCACAUUGUCUCCCCCUCUCCGGUAUCCGGGAACCUUCCUCGCCUCCCAGCCCUCCGCCAUGAGGGACCGGCGGGGGGAAAGUUGAGUGGCCCCCAUGCGUUUGGGGAGUCGGGGGGAAAGGAACGAGAGUGCGACGGGAAGAUGGCGGAGCGGAGGUGAGGGGGGCCCUUCCGUGUCGGUAUCCGAGCACCCUGACCGGACACAUGCAGGCGAAAAAACGCUACUUCACCCUGCUGUCCGCCGGCGUCUGCCUCGCCCUGCUCUGCUACCUCGGGGGCGUGCACUUACGGGCGGCGCGGAGCCACAGCAGGCGGAGCGGGGAUGGGCCCUACCGGAGUCCCGCACAGCCCUGGCCGCCCCUGCCCGACACCUCCCUGCUGCCAUUCACCCAGGGGGAGGGGGACCCGGGCAGCCAGGUGUCCCCCAGGCAGAAGCGAGAUGGCAACUCCAGCAUAUACAAGGGCAAGCGCUGCCGCAUGGAGUCCUGCUUCGACUUGGCCCUGUGCCGGAGGAACGGCUUCAAGGUGUAUAUUUACCCCCAGCAGAAGGGGGACAAACUGUCUGAGAGUUACCAGCACAUCCUGGCUGCCAUAGAGAGCUCCAGGUUGUACACCUCCGACCCCAGCCAGGCCUGCCUGUUUGUGCUGAGCCUCGACACCCUCGAUAGGGACCAGCUGUCCCCCCAGUAUGUGCACAACCUCAAGUCCAAAGUGCAGAACUUGCACCUAUGGAACAACGGUAGGAAUCAUUUAAUUUUUAAUUUAUACUCCGGCACCUGGCCCGACUACACCGAGGACGUGGGCUUUGACAUCGGCCAGGCCAUGUUGGCCAAAGCCAGCAUCAGCACGGAGAACUUCAGGCCCAACUUCGACGUCUCCAUCCCGCUCUUUUCUAAGGAUCAUCCCAGGACAGGUGGGGAGAAGGGAUUUCUGAGAUUUAACAAUAUCCCCCCUAUGAGGAAGUACAUGUUGGUCUUUAAGGGGAAGAGGUACCUGACAGGGAUAGGGUCAGACACCAGGAAUGCCUUAUAUCACGUCCAUAAUGGAGAGGAUGUGGUCCUGUUGACCACCUGCAAACAUGGGAAAGAUUGGCAGAAGCACAAGGAUGCACGUUGUGAUAAAGACAACGCCGAAUAUGAAAAGUACGAUUACCGUGAAAUGCUGCACAAUGCCACUUUCUGUCUGGUCCCCCGUGGCCGAAGGCUUGGAUCCUUCCGCUUUCUGGAGGCACUACAGGCUGCAUGCGUUCCAGUGAUGCUCAGUAAUGGAUGGGAGUUGCCCUUCUCCGAAGUGAUUGAUUGGAACCAAGCAGCAGUCAUUGGGGAUGAGAGAUUAUUAUUACAGAUUCCUUCUACAAUCAGGUCUAUCCAUCAGGAUAAAAUCCUAGCACUUAGACAGCAGACUCAGUUUUUGUGGGAGGCUUAUUUUUCUUCGGUGGAGAAGAUUGUAUUGACGACACUAGAGAUAAUUCAGGAUCGAAUCUUCAAGCACAUAUCACGGAACAGCUUAAUGUGGAACAAGCACCCCGGGGCCCUGUUUGUGCUGCCUCAGUAUUCAGCAUAUCUGGGAGACUUCCCAUACUACUACUCUAAUCUAGGUGCAAAGACUCCUUCCAAAUUUACCGCCGUGAUCCAUGCUGUAACGCCGCUGGUGUCUCAGUCCCAACCAAUCCUAAAGCUGCUGGUUGCUGUAGCAAAGUCUCAGUACUGUUAUCAGAUUAUAGUCUUGUGGAACUGUGACAAGCCACUCCCUGCCAAACACCGAUGGCCUGCCACUACUGUGCCUGUUAUUGUCAUUGAAGGAGAGAGCAAGGUUAUGAGCAGUCGUUUCCUACCGUACGAUAACAUAGUCACUGAUGCUGUUCUAAGCCUUGAUGAGGACACCGUGCUUUCAACCACAGAGGUGGAUUUUGCCUUUACGGUUUGGCAGAGCUUUCCUGAGAGGAUUGUGGGGUACCCGGCACGAAGUCACUUUUGGGACAGCGCGAAGGAGAGGUGGGGGUACACAUCCAAGUGGACAAAUGACUAUUCCAUGGUACUAACAGGAGCUGCUAUUUACCACAAGUACUAUCACUACCUUUACACAAAUUACUUGCCUGCCAGUCUGAAAAAUAUGGUGGACCAAUUAGCCAAUUGUGAAGAUAUCCUCAUGAACUUCCUGGUGUCUGCUGUGACAAAGCUGCCUCCAAUCAAAGUGACACAGAAGAAGCAGUAUAAAGAGACCAUGAUGGGCCAGACCUCCAGAGCUUCCCGAUGGGCAGACCCAGACCACUUUGCCCAGAGACAGACCUGUAUGAAUACGUUUGCCAGCUGGUUUGGCUAUAUGCCGCUCAUUCACUCACAGAUGAGACUUGACCCGGUCCUUUUUAAAGAUCAGGUCUCCAUCCUAAGGAAAAAAUAUCGAGACAUCGAAAGACUUUGAGACAUGGCUGCCCCCCCCUUCCCCCCCGGACUGAGUCCCCCGUGCCCAGUGCGUAUCCAUAGGCCAAGCCGCCAGCUGCUGUACAAAGACUUAUGCGCAGGAGCCGCUCUGAGGAGGAACUGCAAACUGGCAGUCUGGAAGCCGUUGCACUGGACUCCUUACACCCCUGAGCUCGGGCCUCUCAACACUAGACUGUACAGUUUAAUUAAAUAAUUAUUUUUGAAACGAUUGCUAUGCAGGUUAAACUUUUUUAAUGAACAAAAAACUAUUAAAAUCAGAGUUCUUUCUUUAA